GUGAAAGGAGAGUGUUUUAGUGUGAAAAAUAUAUAAUAUCAAAUCGACUGUGGUUAUCCAUCCGGACGCAGACACUAUGCCCGACAAUAGACCAUAAUCAGUCCGGUGGUUUUCACCAAAAAAUCCAUUGGCUGCACGUGUAUAUUACAUAUGCGGGAGUUUCUCCACAGCUCACAAUCACUCUGGAUAUAUUGGGUUGGGUGUGUUAAGCGCAGAGUGAAAGUUUCGUGAAAUAAUAUAGAGCUUUGGGCGUAUAUAUAGUGCGAAGAAAAUGACUGACAAGAGGAAUCUUCUGCUGCUCUACGACCGCCCCCAGGAGCCAGUAUUCGUGGAAAAAGGCACGAGGAAGACGGUGUUUGAUGUACCAGACAAUUACCUAACGGAGCGAUAUCGCCCAAUUGGCAAUGAACUGCAAAAUCGUUUUGGUGAGGCGGCCGAAAAUCGAAUUCCAGUGAGAAAUAUCUCACUGCCUGACUUGAGAAUUCCCAUGUCUCUUGGGCGUCAUGAGCAAUUCUCCCUCUUCAUACCAGCUCACCGUACAAUUGCCGCCCGUUUAAUUGAUAUUUUCAUGGGAAUGCGCAAUACAGAUGAUUUGCUAAGUGUGGCUGUUUAUGCUCGUGACCGUUUGAACCCCUACCUGUUCAACUAUGCCCUCUCCGUGGCCCUUCUUCAUCGCCCAGACACAAAAGAUUUGCCUAUCCCCAACUUUGCCGAAACUUUCCCGGAUAAAUUCGUAGAUAGCAAAGUCUUUGCUUCUGUUCGUGAGGAAGCUGCAAUCGUUCCUGUUGGAUCCCGUAGACCCAUUGUUAUCCCACGAGACUACACUGCUUCGGACUUGGAACCUGAGCAUCGUCUCUGGUACUUCCGUGAGGAUAUUGGAAUUAAUCUACAUCACUGGCAUUGGCACUUGGUGUAUCCCUUUGAGGCAAAUAAUCGCGCUAUUGUUGCCAAGGAUAGGCGUGGAGAGUUGUUCUACUAUAUGCACCAGCAAGUUGUGGCUCGGUACAAUUUUGAGAGAUUCUCAAAUCGCCUCAAGCGCGUUGAGAGACUCAACAACUUCCGGGAACCCAUCAAAGAGGGAUAUUUCCCUAAAAUGGAUUCCCUUGUUGCGAGUCGAGCAUGGCCUGGUCGUGCUGCUGGAACAACCCUAAAGGACCUUAAUCGCGAUCUUGAUCAAAUUAUGACGGAUUUGGGAACUUUGGAGCGCUGGCGAGAUCGCUUCUACGAAGCCAUUCAUCAGGGAUUCGUGGUUGAUGCUCAGGGUAAUCGAAUUCCGUUGGACAACAAUCAGGGCAUUGAUACGCUGGGAAAUAUGAUGGAAUCCAGCAUCAUUUCUCCCAAUCGACAACUCUACGGUGAUUUGCAUAACAUGGGGCAUGUAUUCAUUAGCUACUGCCACGAUCCUGACCAUCGUCAUUUGGAAUCAUUCGGCGUUAUGGGUGACUCAACGACCGCUAUGCGUGAUCCUGCUUUCUAUCGUUGGCACGGCUACAUCAACGACAUGUUCCAGGAGCAUAAAAUGCGUCUGCCACCCUACACGGUUGCCGAGUUGACGUAUCCCAACAUCAACGUAACGGACAUUCAAGUCCAGAUUGACAGCAAUAGCGAAACUAAUACCUUCCGUACUCGCUUCCAAGAAAGCGACGUCAAUCUUACACGUGGCUUGGAUUUCGUUCCGCGUGGUGAUGUUUUUGCAAGGUUCACCCAUUUGAAUCAUGAACGAUUCACGUACAUCAUCAAUGUCAAUAAUGCAAAUCAAGCCCAAGUACUCUGCACAGCGCGCAUUUUCAUGGCGCCCAAAUUCGAUGAGCGUGGCUCUGAAAUGAUGUUCCGGGAUCAGCGACACUUGAUGAUUGAACUCGAUAGAUUCGUCAUUGCAUGUCGUCCUGGGGCUAAUACCAUUCGUCGUCGUUCAACGGAAUCCAACGUGACCAUACCCUUUGAGAGGACCUUCCGUGAUUUGGACACCAAUCGCCCAGCUGCGGGAACAGAUGCCGAGGCUCAGUUUACAUUCUGCGGAUGCGGCUGGCCACAGCACAUGCUCAUCCCCAAGGGUACCCCUGAAGGGUUGCGGUGUGAGUUGUUUGUGAUGCUGACCAACUACGAGGAAGAUCGCGUGGAGCAGGACCUCGUGGGUACAUGCAACGAUGCAUUCUCCUUCUGCGGUGUCAGGGAUCGUCUCUACCCAGAUCGACGUCCCAUGGGUUUCCCUUUCGACCGCCUUCCACGUCAAGGUGCCGACCGCCUCAACACCUUCCUCACGCCCAAUAUGUCCGUAACAGAUGUCACCAUCUUCAACAACGAGACACUCCCACAAGCUGCUCAGGCCGCACAAACCACAAACAGAACAUAAAUUCACAACGAUUUACUGAAACUGCCGCAGGACUUUAAUGCAAUUGUGGGAGAAAAGUCCUCUAACGCCGGUGGAGUCCUCGUGGACAAAAAACUUCCCACAGCAAUUUAGCACAAACUUUAUAAAAGUAUUGUACUUGAGCACACAAAUACAGCAUACAAUGAAAA